AUGCCAGCCGGUGUGACUUGGAGCCAGUACCUGUCUUUCACUGCAGCUGCUAUGCUAUCUAUGCUCACUGGUUCACAGGUCGUACACCAGUACUAUAAACCUUUGCAGGAUUUACACAAUUAUAUAAAUGACGAGCUAAAGAAUUUCCCAGACCAUGUGCAAGCAAAUAUUAGAAAAGAAUUAAAAGAGGAAGGUGUGUUGAAAUAAUUUAUUAUUGUAGUGAUAGUGAUGUAAUAUAGAUUAAUUUAAUAGUGUAAUCAAUACAUGUUGAUGUAGAGUA